GUGGUUGAGGCAACAAGUAGUUGGUUGAUAAGAUAUUUCGCCUCGACACAUUAAGUACACGCAACGUGCCGCGUCGGACGUCGGGUAUACAGAUACUUAAAUACUUGAAUCUCACACACAGGAACAUCACCUAGAAAUCUCCCCCAUAAUGUAUCCCUUUGGUUCUGGAAUGCCUUAUUCAUCGCAUCCUACUACUACCACUAAUGAGCCACCAACAAAUGCGCCACCCUUUGGAGCUGGUUGGGUGCCACCGAUGCAGCAGAACUCACCAUACUCCUCCUCGCCAUACCCACCGCAAGCCAACACACAGCCAAGCCACCACCACCAAAACCAGCACCAAAACCAGCACCACCAGCACCAUCCCCAUGCACAGCCACCGCCCCAGCAGUAUCCGCCCAGUCAGCAUGGGGGCUAUCCACCCUAUCCAACGAUGUCGGCACCCUAUCCCUAUCCGGCAUCAUCCGCAUCCUCACCGUAUCCAAAUGCCAACACAAGUCCUUACCCAUCCCAUAACAUUAAUCAGCUGCAUGGGGGGGUAGCUGCUGCUGCUGCUGCUGCUGCACCGUAUCCAGGCGCUCAAUCAGCCAUCAAUUCCCCUUAUCCCUCCGCUGGCAGUGGAUUCACUCCAGCCAUGACAGCCGGAUAUGAUGCUGGGCAUGGGCAUGGUCAUGGCCAUGGCCAACGGCAGAGUCAAUGGCAUGGGCAUGAGCAUGGGCAUGGGCUUGGUCAGGUGCAAGCGCAUCGGUCACCCACAGUUCACAAAGAGGGAACCCCAACUCUAUUGCCUGCCCAAGGCUUUGAUCCCGUCAAGGAUGCCCACGAUUUGCGCAAGGCCAUGAAGGGCUUUGGCACGGACGAGAAUGCGCUCAUCAACAUCAUUUGCCGGCGCACAAACGAACAGCGCCAGGAGAUCCAGCGCCAGUAUAAGACCCAUUUUGGCAAGGAUCUGAUCGAGGACAUCAAGUCGGAGACGAGUGGAAACUUUGAGAAGCUGCUCGUGGGUCUGCUCCGGCCAAUUGUCGACUAUUAUUGUGCAGAGCUAAACGAUGCCAUGGCUGGCAUUGGCACAGACGAAGAGGUACUCAUCGAGAUCCUCUGCACGCUAUCCAACAUGGAGAUAUACACCAUCAAAAACCAGUACUUACGCUUGUACGGCGCACAUCUGGAGUCCGAACUGAAGUCGGAGACAUCGGGCAACUUUAAGCGUCUGCUCACGUCGCUCUGCACAGCGGCACGCGACGAGAGCGGUCGCAUUGAUCCCAAUCAGGCCAAGGACGAUGCCAGGGAGCUGCUUAAAGCUGGCGAACUACGCGUCGGCACCGAUGAGAGCAUGUUCAACAUGAUACUGUGCCAAAGGAACUACGGACAACUGAAAAUGAUAUUCCAAGAGUAUGAGGGCAUGACCGGCCAUUCGCUGGAGAAGGCCAUCAAGAAGGAGUUCUCUGGUGACAUUAUGGAGGGCCUGAUUGCCAUCUUUCGUUGUGUGACCAACAAGGCCGACUACUUUGCCUCACGUCUGCACAAGGCCAUGGCCGGCAUUGGCACCAAUGAUACCCAGCUGAUCCGUGUCAUUAUAACACGCUGCGAGAUUGAUAUGGCAGACAUUAAAGUGGCAUUCGAGCGUCUGUAUGGCAAGUCACUGAAGAGCUGGAUCAAGGGCGACACUUCUGGCCACUACAAGCAUGCCCUCUAUGCACUGGUUGGGGAGCAGCGCUCAUCUUAAGUUUAUUCCUAUUUAUUAAUUAUUCAAAUUAAAAUCAAAAAUCAAAAGCAUACAACAACAAAAAAAAAAGGAUCCAAUUUUAUUCGAAUAUGUAUUCUCUUUUUCCUAUGUAUUUUAUAAUAAUUUACAUAUAUGUAUACAUACGUUACGUACACACACGCCCAGGGAGAUGGACAAUCAUACGAUGAUGAUUCGUCAUGAUGACCAACAUUUUGUAGACACUAAGUGCUCACAGAUAUUACCUGAAUUGUCAAUUUGUUAUAAACAUUGUUUUAAGCAGACGCAAAAGCCAAAUUUUUGUAAUCCGCGCACUCACACACAGCACACACACACACACACUGCUACACUACAUACAUUCAAAAGCCACAACGAUAUACCCUUACACAUUUAUUUAUUUGUAUUAAGUGGAAUGCAUUCUUUAAAUUGUACAAUAAAAAAAGAAACAACAAAAGAAACAAAGAAACAACCCAAUGAAAAUACAAAUAAAGAUUAGAUUUACUUUAUCGAACUGUGUCUCAAAAAUGUAACUCUAUUGCCUUUGCCUGAAGCAUUUAAAAAACUUUCGAAAAACAUACACCGAAAUAUUAUACAUUAAUAAAAAUAUGCAUUUUGAGUCGUUAAAAUUUUAGAAAUACAUACAAUACAUAC